CACUCGGUAUAUUUUCUAAACCUGGCAACCCACCGCCCUCUGUUAUUAGGUGCAGUCCAUCGGCUAGUCAGACGUACAUUUAAUGUUUGUUGUUAGACUUGUUUUCUCAAAGCGUGGAUUUUAUUUUGCACUGCUGAUUUACUGUGAGUUUGACAAACAGGGUAGAAACACUUGGACUUCUGAAUGGUAGCCGGUUGGUCACUUUGUCGGCAUAAAAUUAGUGUAGGCCCUGUGGUUGUUUGAGCUAGCUUCAUCAGCUAGCCGUGUAAUCCUGCUUUGCUAGCACAGCGACUAGUAGUGGGGGGUUUCCAAGGCAACACUUUUGGAUCUUAUUUACAAUAUCACGAUGGACAAAGCGGAUUUCCUGAAAGGUCUCCCCGUCUACAACAAGAGCAACUUCAGUAGAUUCCACGCAGACUCUGUGUGCAAAGCAUCGAAUAGAAGACCAUCAGUUUAUUUGCCAACACGGGAAUAUCCAUCAGAGCAGAUUAUUGUCACAGAGAAAACAAACAUUCUUUUGCGUUACCUCCACCAACAGUGGGACAAAAAGAACGCAGCCAAGAAGCGGGAACGGGAGCAAGAGCAGGGUGAAGGAGGCAGUCCUGCACCUUCACGCAAAAUUGCACGGACCGACAGUCAGGAAAUGAACGAAGACUCCUAAAACGGAUUGUUACCAAACAGCACAGGGACAGGCACAAACAUGGCAGCCUUUUCAGAUUAAAGAAUAAUACAUGGUCUACAUUUCUUGUAGACGUCUGCACAUGAGACUGGCUUUAAAAAGUGAGACCGUUUUAUGGUGGGAUUUUUGUUUUGUUUUUGUUUGUUUUUAAAUUCAGCGCUUCCUGUCAAACUGUCCCAUUGUGCGUCCUUGCAGCCUGGUGAUAAACACUUAGGGUUGCUGUUAGCUUCCACUGCCAGAAUCUGUGGACCUGGUGCACUGAAAUUUGCUCAGGUAGGGUAGGGAGACUUGAGUGCUGGCACGAAGUUACAUCAGUCUCUACGUGCAGGAAUUUGGCAGAGUGGGGCAAACUUAGACUGCAUCACACAGUGUCGUGCGUGAAUGUGUCUGUGUGUGCAAAUUUUAACUCCAGUUUAAGAAUCAUUCCCACUAGCUCAGCUGUGGAUUUAUUUUUCCUGUACUGACAGGCAAGUCAGUUCAUAGACAUGUGAAAAUAAAACCCUUUUUUUUUGGACAAA